AUGGCUCCCGCUGCAGCAAAGCCCAAAAAUGCAACUAAAUCUGCGCCCAGUAAACCUGGGAAAAAGCCAACCAAGGAGAAAGUAUUUCAUCCCCAGUCUCGCAAAGCUGGCCAACUAGAACGUGCCCAACUAAGGAAAUCAAAACUUGCAGAUGCAUCAAGCAAGCGGGGGAAGAACCUAGUGGCCAAAGCCGAUAGAUACGCAUUCUUUUUCCAUGCCCUCCCUCCAGACGUCUCUUCCCUCUCGCUCCCCGAAAUCCACGACAUUAUCCAGUCUGUUUGGCUCACCCGGCACGACGGAGCCCUGCAAGCCGAGCAAUCUUCCCGGCGGCCCGGUCGCCCGCCGAGUGCGCGUGAACUUGCGCUGUUAGAAAUGAAGCGGCAGGACGAAGAGGUGUACCGCACUGGUCUGACUAUUCCGGACUUGACUGAUCCCGAGACGAUCACCCUGUUCCGCGCAUGGGAAGACAAGUCCCACGAUCCUGCGUACCUUCAUCUACUCCGCUCCAUACGGGUCUCGAGGGAGAACCCGGAGACGGUCGUUUUGGAGCAUGUGGGUGCGAAAGAGGCGGAUGCUAGGAGGCUCGAAAAGGCUGCGGCCGAGAAGGAGAAAGUGGACCAGGCGAAUAGGGAGGCGUCGAGAAAGGAGGCUGAUUUGGCUGCGAGGGAUGUGAGCAAGAUGGAUGUUGAUUGA